UUGAAAUUGCACGUUGGUAUUUGAGGCGAUCUGGAAAUCUAACAGCCAUUUUGAUCUCUUUGGAUAAUAUGUUUCGUUGUCUUUGCACAAUAUAUGGUUUGAUUGUACUUGCCUCACAGGAAGUAGAAGGGUUUGGAUUAAAAUGUCUACGCUGUGAUGACGUAUUAGAGCCUCGGUUCUGUGAACGAAUUGAGUACUGCCAAGACGGAGAUGUCUGUGGUGUACAGAGAUAUAGAAAGGAGAACGGCGAUGUCUCUUUCUGGUCAGGUUGUCUACCACACUCUAACUGUGCCAAAGUCACAAAUAGAACGAUACUUACAACGAACAGCAGGAGAGCGGUACAUGGAUCUGUUCUCUGCCAGGAGUGUUGUAAUGGCGAUCUCUGUAACUCCGAGGGAUGUGGGGCGCCGGGUUUCCCCACCUCAAGGGGACCGAUGUGUUUCAAUUGUGCUCACGCCUUGAACCCAAGUGAUUGUCAUCACGUGACUGUCUGUGGAGCCAAUGAGCUCUGUUUUCUUGGAGAGAAACCGAUUUUCGGUCAACGGUAUUUUACAAGCCACUGUGAAGACGUACACGCGUGCGAAAAUCAUGCCUCUGCUCCUAUAAUCUUUGGACGGAAACGAUUACUUAGAGGUCAAAGGUCAUAUACACCCUGUUCUGGUUGUUGCCAUGGAGACCUCUGUAACACCAACUGUAACGCAACAUUCACCCCUAAUACUGUUGUAAACUCUGGAAGCACUGCAGCACCAACCGGUACUAGUGUACAAGAAAGACCAGGAAACUACGCUUUUUACGCUCAACUUACUUUAAUGGCACAAACUGGUCACGUCAUUUUCAAAAAUGUCACAACCAAUGAGGGAUCAGCUUACAGCGGGACUACAGGAAUUUUCACUUGCAAAUACAGCGGUGCUCAUGCCUUUUCUUGGACGAUUGCAACCAGUAGUCAGCGAUACACAAACGCAGAUCUUGUUCUGAACGACGUUGCGAUUGGAUCGUCAUUUACAGACUCUAGAGGUAGUAGUGUAGCAGCGGAUUCCAGCACUGGCUUUGUUGUGUAUAACCUCAAGGUCGGCGACAAAGUCAGAGUCAAUAUCAACGGAACAGCUGAUGCAUUGUAUUCUACGUUUUCAGGAUGGAGGCUUCAGCAAAAUAACUCUUCCUUUUAUGCAAAAGCAAUGUCAUCCCUGGAUAGGCCUUCAUCAGCAUCUCACGGCUUUGAAUUUCAAAGCGUUGUCAACAAUGGAAACGUUUAUGAUUCCACAAAUGGAGUAUUCACGUGUCCUGAGACGGGUCUGUAUGCCUUAGCCUUCGCCGUAGAAACAAGUGGCCUUGACUUUAUGGUUUAUUUUUAUCGUGGAGGAAGCAAGUUAAAUGAGAUUGGGGUCUGGCCUGAUUCUACAAACGGCCUGCUUCAGGACACUUCCUCCACUCUUCAGAUCUUCCUUCUGACUAGAGGAGACAAAAUAUAUCUUUAUCCGUCUGAGAGUGAUGCACGUAUCAAACCCUUUCAUUCUACAUUCUCUGGAUGGCGCAUAGAGAACCCAACAUCAAACACACCGGCUUUUGUAUUCCUGUUUCUAAUUGUAGCAACAUCAAACACACCGGCUUUUGUUGAGUACAUUUCCUCCUCAACUAGUACAACCCCUAUACGCUUCAACAGAGAAGCUUUGGAUAUAACCAGCUCUUUUUCAAUCUCAUCCUUCCAAGCGCCAAAGGAUGGUGUCUAUCUCUUUUUUUGGAACAUGGAGGUUUCUUCUAGACACCUCCGUAGUUUCCUAGAAGUAAACGACUCAAUCGUCGGGAGGACGGUCUCUGACGGUCACACUGCAGGUUAUGAUAGUGGUUCUAAUCUUGCCAUUUUGCGCCUGCGUAGAAAUGAUAACGUGAGGGUAGCGCAAGAUUAUACAGCAGAUGGCGACCAGACAAUGAUUUCUGGCUACUUUAUGUUUUCCUAAAAUCAAUUUGAUUGAAGUUCUUUGAUAAAAAUUUGCAAAGAGUUG